AUGGUGGACGUGUUCGCCGGGCACACGCUGCUCAAUAGGGACGGCCAGGCGAUGGACCCCGAGGAGGCGCUGAAGAAUAAAGUUGUGGGCAUCUACUUUUCGGGGGGCUGGUGCCCGCCCUGCCGCGAUUUCACGCCGCGCCUGUGCGAGUUCUACACCGAGCUGAUGGAGGAGUCGGAGCCGGCGCCGCAGUUCGAGAUCGUCUUCGUGUCUUCGGAUAAGAGCCAAGCCGACAUGGAGAACUACAUGGCAGCGAUGCACGGAGACUGGCUAGCACUACCCUGGGAGGAUCAGUACAAAAUAGAGUUGAAGAAGAAAUACUGCAUUACAGCAAUACCAAAACUGGUCAUUGUGAAACAAAAUGGAGAUGUCAUCACUGACAAAGGACGUAAACAGAUACGAGAUUAUGGUUUGGCGUGCUUCAGGAACUGGAUUGAAGUAGCAGAGAUUUUCCAGAAUUUUUCAGCUAAUUGA